UCUUUCUGUGCUCAUCUCUCUUCUUUUUCUUUUAUUUUUUUGGAUUUUGUACCCUCUACAGAUGGCAGAAAAUGAAGAAGUAAAAUCCCAGUUAGCAAAAACAAUUUGUGAAUUAUCAGCAUGUGCAAAUUUACACCAUCCUCGUAUAAACAAAACUCAGUUCAUCAACUGGUAUCUUGUGCUUAAUGUUGAUGAAAAUGCAGAUAUAUGUAGAGUGCGAAAGCAAUAUCAUAAACUCGCUUUGCAGCUGCAUCCUGACAAAAACAGCAACUCCAUGGCUGAAGCUGCAUUCAAACUUGUGUCUGAGGCAUACUUUUGUUUAUCUGAUAUCACAAGAAGGAGAGAGUUCGAUACAGAGAGAAAGAACAUGUCUUGCAUUAAAUGCAAUCCAAAUUCCAGCAAGAGGACUGAUCCUCCCCCUCCGACCAACAGCAACAACAAUGGAACGACUCCAAAACCAACCGAAGCAUCAAGAAAUAGUCGAAUCCGAGGCCGCGUGAGAGAGCUUCGUGCCAAACUCGCAGAAGAGUCCACCAUCAUCAACAGAUGUUUGAUGGCAAAUGCCGCCGCAUCAGCUGCUAAAGCCCUUGGCACCCAAAAAGAGUCCCCAAUUUUUGACCCGUCGGACUACAAGCACAGGACCUAUCCUCACCACCGGACAGCCAGGCUCGAAGAUUUAAGAGCAGCCCUCAGAAUGGGAAACAGAAACUUGUACAAUGGAGCAAUUCAUGACUACCCAAUAUUUCAGUGUAUGAAAGAAAGAGUUUCUUCUAUGUCUAGAUGUGCUAGUACAAGAGAUCAUUGA